CUUUAUGUCGUCAGAAUGGCAUUCAUUGUUUUUGUUCGGUUUUUCAUUUUUUAGUAGUUGCGCAAUAUAGUUAGCUACAAUUUGAUGGAUGUUAGAGAUUUGUACACGGCUUUGUAAAGUUUAGUAUUUGCAUAUCAUUUCGCGUUAUGUUGAAAGCUCAGUCUAAAGAAUUGAAGAUAAACCCACGUUUUUCCGACUCUGAAAGUGAGAAUUUUGAUACGGACACUGUUCCUACCAGUUGUACUAAAGUUCAAGAUUGGUUUGCCAAGAAUGAUCAAGAAAAAAACAUUUUUAGUUUGAUUUCUUCAUCUGAUGAAUUGGAACCUUUGGAUGCCAGAAUUUAUGAAUAUGAUGAAAGACACCGUUUAAUGAAACGAAAAAGAUGUGAUGAUUCAAUCUGCAGGCAUGUAAAAAACAAAAAUUCGGCCGAUACCGGGUUUGCAGUUCCAUACUUUUCCGGCACUUUUCCCCGCGCAUGCGUUCUGACGUCAAAUGUUGCUGCUCUAUCUAUAACCCCGCCUUCGUGUGCCACUUUUACCACGUACGAGGCUUUUGGAUAUAAACCAACGAUUUUUGUGCGGUCCUUAUCGUAGCGUAGAAUUUAAUUAAAACGCAUCAAUCAUGUUUCGUCUUUUCCUGCUGAAAGUCUGAUUGCCGCGACAAUUUGGCAACACACACGUAACAGUCACAGCGCUAAAAGUUUGGCAGUAAAAAUAAAGUUUUGCUUAUAAAUAAGCUUUAUUAAAUAAAUACGGCAUAGUGUUAUUUAUAAUACCCGCGACAAACCUUGUCCGGUCAACGUUGUAAUUAUUACCAGAAGCUAGUUUAAGCAAGGAAUACUAUGCUAUCGGAUUGCUUUCUUUGGUUUAUUAAAACUGUAUAACUAAUCGGCAAUUAACAACCACAGUU